AAAAAGAAAUAAAGCGGUGGAUAGCUAAAAUUGGUCGGUCAGAAAGAAAAACAAAAUGAAGGACUCGGACGGUGCCCGCUGUCGUACCGCCCAACACUUAACAUACAAAGAAAGAGAGACACAAAAAUAAAAAGGAGAAAUAAAAAGAAAACGCGGAAAUUCUGUCGAUGGAUGCGCAUCUUUGGCUUUCGCGCUGGCAGUGGCAUCUAGCGGCUGAAAUUGAAAGCUUUUCUCGGAUCGUUAAAUUUGGAUCGGUAGUGGGCGAAUAGCCAAGAAAGAGAUCCUGCGCGGCACAAGGAAUCCCUUUCAACUCGUUGCAGUUCACGUCUACUACAACUACUACUAGACGACGUACACACCGGCGUGCCUGAUCAGUCAGUUGCCUGCACGUCGCAUUCCUACUACUCCACUAUCGACAACAAAGUUGCACGAAUUUUAUCUUUACAUACGGACUGGGAAAAAAAAAAUGGCCGCAUCAUCGACUCAAGAAAACGUGGGUGAAGACAACGUUGCAUCGGUCGUUGUCUUGGUAACGGGCGGAUGCGGAUACGUCGGGACGCACACGGUGGUCCGUCUCCUCGAGCAAAACGUCCAAGUCGUCGUGGUCGACAAUGUGGCCUGGACAACCGAGGGAACUGAAGACAGCAAACCAAAGAGUUUACAAAGAGUUGAAGAGUUGACUGGCAAGGCAGUUGCUUUUCACAAUAUUGACAUUAGCAACGGCGAUGCUCUUGAAAAGAUUUUCGAUUCGUAUCGAUUUGACUGCGUCAUUCAUUUGGCUGCGCUGAAAUCGGUUGGCGAUUCCUGCCGUUUGCCGCUCGACUAUUAUCGCAAUAAUGUGGCCGGUACGGUCACUCUCCUAGAGGUGAUGAAAGGCCACCAAGUUAAGAAAUUAGUUUUCUCCUCUUCGGCAACGGUUUACGGUGAGCCGCAGUAUCUGCCCAUCAAUGAAGAACACGUGACAGGCCAGAAAGUUACCAACCCUUACGGCCGCACUAAAUAUUUUAUCGAAGAAAUAUUACGUGACCUCUGCACAUCCGAUCCGGAAUGGAGUGCCAUUUGUUUGCGAUAUUUCAACCCUGUAGGUGCACAUCCAUCCGGAAGGAUCGGUGAGGAUCCUGCAGGAGUACCUUGUAAUCUGAUGCCUUACGUGGCUCAAGUGGCCGUGGGUCGACGUCCCAAACUGGCCGUUUACGGCAACGACUAUCCGACGCCAGAUGGCACUGGAAUCCGAGAUUAUAUUCACAUCAUGGAUUUGGCGGAAGGACACUGGGCAGCCACGAAGAAAAUCCUUCAAAACGGAAGUAAAGGUUCAUGGCUGGCCUACAAUCUUGGCCUGGGUCGCGGCUAUUCCGUCCUGGACGUGGUGAAAUGUUUCGAAUCGGUCAGUGGCCGUUCGAUCGCCGUCGAUUUCGUCUGCCGCAGGGAUGGUGAUGUCGCCUCGAGCUACUCGGAUUGUAGCCUGGCCUCUAGCCAGCUGGACUGGAAGGCUAGCCGCACUCUGACCGACAUGUGUACGGACAUGUGGCGCUGGCAGUCCAUCAAUCCCAAUGGAUACCAAUCCAAUUAACAAAGAUGGAGGACCAAUCAGCCCAUUGAAUCCCUCUGCUCAAAAGAAGAAAAAAGAAAAGUUUUUUUCUUUUCUUUCCCUUUUUUUUGUUAAAAAAAACUCUUUUUUAAAAUGACAUUUACAGUUUCAAGACAUUUCGUAUAGAAAUGUUCGAUCUAAAGAAUGAAAAUGUCUGUUAUUUUAAUACGAUUACCCAGCUCGUAUUAUGAUGUUUUUAGAGAAAACACGUUAGUAAUGAUAACUAUAAUAAUACACAAACAAUUACACGUUGCCAAACAA